UCAGUUCCUCCAGCCAUUACUAAUGUAUCUGGUAACCAAAGUGUGACUGAGGCUGAUAAUGUGACUCUGAACUGUGAAGCAGCAGUCGGGAAUCCAGAGCCACGCAUCACAUGGACUAAAGUUUCUAACAAUAGUGUUGUCACCUUCCCUCUUGUCAUCAGUAGACGGGAUCAGGGAUAUUUUAGGUGCACUGCGGAUAAUGGUGUUGGAAAUCCUGCCACUAAAGAUGUCUUUGUUACUGUACAUUGUGAGUGUAGUAGAAUAUUAUUAAUGCGGCAUAAUUGCACCUUUAACUGGAGAUCCCACAUAUUAUAUUAAUCUGUUCUUUUGAACAAAGAUGAUGAAUUGGGACUUUGCGACUAUACAAAACACAUUAAGCAGAACCCUUUCUAUCUGUAUUUUCUGAUUAUGCAAAUGAAUUAAAUGGCCAGCGGAUAGUUAUACUCACUUAAUGUAGCAUUUUUGUGAUGCCUGUACUCAAGAACAAAAGAAAGUUUGUUUUUGUUUUCUUGGUUUGAACCUAUGGUUGUUUGAUUCUCAAUUUCCUGUCUCUUAGUCCCAAUAAAUUUUAUUCUCCACGAGUAUGAAUAAUGACAUCAGUUUCCUUUGUCUCCUAUAUUGUCGCCCUAAUGAAAAUUAUGAUCCAUAAUCAGUCUAGUUUGGAACUAUUAAAUGUUAAUUUUAAACUGUAUUUUAACCACAACACGUACAUACUGUAUAAUAUAUAACACAAAUAUGCAUGUCGAUACUGUAUUCCCACUAGUAAUAAAUUAUCAAGAUAAUAUUAUUGUCACACUUUAAAUAAAAUGUAAGUGCAUGCAGUCGUAAAUAUAUAGAUUUAGCCAGGGCUAAAAGGGAAGCUCCCAUUAAUAAAUUUAUAAUUUAGAUCAAACAAUAAACUUGUAUUCCAACAAAUCAGUUAACUUUAGAGCACAUUCAUGUGACUUUUGAGGGAAAGGCUAACUGAUUUUAGAGAAAAACAAUUAGCAAACAGUCCAAGAGUGAACCAAAUCUUGCAUCGAGUUGAUAGCCUCAUAUGCACACACAAAAAAUAGCAACCAUCUUCAAUCACAUUUAAGACACAUAAUGGCUAUUGAUCACAGUAGAUUAGGCCUAGAAAACAAUUAAAUCAGGCCGAAUUUUUUGGGUUCGACAAGUUUACUUGCCAACAAAUCUGGGGGCAUGUAAACCAUCCUUUUAUACUUUUUAUACAUCACAUCUGAGGUGAAACAGUACUUUCAGGCGCUGUUUUUAUCAUACAGACCUCGGACAGAUUGCAGUAUUUCACAAUUUUUGCAAUACAAAUUUCACUCAUUAAAUAUUCAGGACGAUGGAAGCACGCGUGGGCUUUUAGCGAAAUCGUUAAAAAAAAUUUCAAAAUCACCUAUACAGCCAGCCGGCUCUCACUUUUGACAAUCGCCAAAUGAAUGAACAAUUAUAGAGUUAAGCUUCAACUUAAUAAAGAAUUCAUUGUGUUUAUUUUUUUAUUAAUGGUUUUAUAAACGAUCUGUAAUCUUCAAAAGCGUUUCAUACGCGCGGCAUUUUGAGUACUCCUGCAAGCGAUGUUCACUGAAUGACUGAAAAAAAAAGGCACAGCGAUUAAAAUUGCAAGAGAGACUACUAACAAUCAAUAAAAGAAAUAUAAUUUGGUGAAACAUAUACAGAGACAACAAUUUUCAUUCACGAAUACAACGAUUAAAGUGUCUCUAAAAAUCCUGAGUCUUCAAGCUUCAAGCUUAUGUUUAUGUUCUAAGCCGGCUUCCCGGUGUUUGCUUUUUUCAAAGACGAACUCGAGGCAAGAAAAUCGCUCAAGGCUUUCUUUUACAGGCAGAAUUAUAACUAAAUAUUCUUUGGAACGUUUUCUUUCUAUUUGUGGUGAGAAUAUAUCUAAGGCUUUUUAAAGUUCUGUAAGCUUAUAUAAAACCUGAUACUAGGUAAGAUCAAUGUCUCAAAGACCUGCAUAAACUAAAUAGCCGCAUAAACUGCACUCGGCUCCAUUAAAUUGGAUAUAAAAAAAAAACAAACAUCAAAUACAAUAAUUACUCAGGCUUACCAUUCGAGAUGCAGCUCCUGAAAGAUAUCAAUUUUAAGUAAGCCCAGAAUCGCUUCAGACUUUUCAACCCUCUUAGGCACCAAGCAAUGUGAAAAACGAAAACGAUGCCAUCCGAAAUCGGAUUUCCGACUUUGACAAGCGACGCAUUUCACAACCAAAAACCCAAUAAACAAACUAGCCAUGAAUAACAGAAGACUCCUGAUAGCAGCUGAAUCUCAUUUUGUACAUCCAGUGAAAAAAAGACAGUUAAAAACAUCACAAGUUGACACAAAUUCUGUCAGCUUCGGCUGUCAAAAUAGACAACUUUCAAGAUGCUGCAUAAAUUUUACGCAUGAACUCACCUGCCAAAUUUUGACCAAUUAGAGCAUAAAAAUUGGACGUAGAGCGUGACCAACUCUUGACCAUGGUGAGAAAAGUCAAAAGCAACUGUCUGCCCUGCCCUUAAUAGCUGGCUGAAUUUCGCGUCCGGGGUCCGUUUGAAAUCAAAAUUUUAAUUGUGCGGCACAUAAACACAACAUAUUUCAUAUGAAUUAAAAAGAAUUAAACUAGAGCCUCCGAUCAUUUGAAAACCAGUAACUUGUCAGCGGAUAACUUCAAAAAUAUACUCGACCCCCAUAGGUCGGCACCUGAGGCCGCGAUACGGUCAGGUGAUACUGGUCAGCGGAUACCCUGUUCUGAUCACAACAUUGAUGUGCAAUAUGUUUGCAAUGCCAGUUUUCCUGUGCUCUUAAACUACAGUCUCAGUCAAAAUUGUUGGGACGUUGUUGUGUGUUCUCCUCCCUUCAAUGUUGGUGUACACGAUUUGCCGACUGAAUGGCAAUAAACAACAUUGGGAGGGAAAACGAAAGCACGGGAAGGGAAAAAAAGGCUUUUGCGUUAACUGUCCCAACUAUUUUUGUCUGAGACUGUGUCAGAGAGGAAUUUGAAGCAUUGGAUUAGAUAACGAGAUUAGUUUAUAGUUCGUACGUAUGUGACGGAGUUUAGCCGAGCUGUGACGUUCCAUGCGAGGUGAUUUGCUAACGAUUCUAUUUGCAGUGAACUGAUGUAAUGGACUGCAGUAGUUACUAUUUUGGGAAUUUACAUGUAAUAAAAAGAGACCCGCAAGACUGAGAAUAACCAGUUAGUAGACCGAUAAUUUUCUUGGAGCGAUAUAUUGACAAAAAAGUAGAAUGGUUUUUAAGGGCGCAAUUAAUAGCGUGACACGAGCACGUGUGUACUAUCUCUGUAACAUCCAGGGUUUUCCCAUACGGAAAGUCGCUCGAAUGUGUCAGAUUUCUAGAGGAAGCGUAUGGAGAAUCAAAAAAGAAGGCCUUCUCGGUAAAAAAGACUGUAAGGAACACAUACGAAGGGGACGACCUGUGAAAUUAAGCGCAAGAGACGGGAGGCAGUUGGUGCGAGCCAUUCAAAGACUUCGAGAGAAAGAGGGCAAUUUUUCGUGUCAGAAAUUAAUGCAAGAAGCCGGUAUUUCUGUGAAAGAUGUAUCAGUUAGAACAGUGUCCCGGUUUCUAAAUUCGCAAGGGUACUAUUAUCUUCAAGCGCGUAAAAAGGGUGUUCUAACAGUCACAGAUAUGAAGAAAAGGCUACAGUUUGCGCGACGAAUGCGAAAACACUAUGGGGCCGACGUCUGGACUAAACGGAUAGCUUUCUAUCUGGGUUGUGUGUCUUAUGUGUACAAGAGAAAUCCAUUGGAUCAGGCUUUGGCUCCCAAGGCACGAAUAUGGCGAAAACGUGGCGAAGGUCUUACAACUGGCUGCUUGGCAAAAGGCAAGAAAGAAGGAACUGGCGGAAGAUAUGUGAGACUUAUAGUAGCUAUAUCCUACGAUAAGGGUAUAAUUGCUUGUUAUCCAUACAGGAAAAUGACUGGCCGUUUAUUUGCGAAUUUUAUCGAUGAUUAUUUCCCGGGAAUGUUUCUGCAGGCAGAUAAGGGGGGAGAGAACUUAUUUGUACAAGACAAUUGUCCAUGUCAGAAUUCCGUGUUGGCUAAAGCAGCCCUGAGGAGAACCGGUGCAAACUUACUAAAGUUUCCAGCGCGAUGUGCUGACGUUCUUUGCCAUGAAAAUCUUUUCCCUGUGGUUGCUCGUAAACUUGAGAAACAGGCCACUGAACGCCAAAUUACGAAGGAGUCGUAUAGUGAGUUCGAGGCACGAGUUAUUAACACCUUUUAUUCCAUACCAAUAGGGACUAUUAAUAAGCUUAUUUCCUCUAUGUCGUCGCGUAUUCUACAGCUUAUUGCUGUAAAGGGAGGGCGAAUAAAAUAUUGAAUGUUACAAAUGUGUUAAACAAAGUAUAUUUUCCUUGCUGUAGUAACAGUAUAGUUCUAAGUAAAAGGGGAAACUCCUUAUGUGAGGGACAAUGAACUGAACUGUAUCACUUGUAAACGCUCUUUACAUAAUAAAUUCUUAAGUAAACACAACAGACAUGGUACGCGUGUGCUUCAAUAUGAAUAAAUAUACCAAUAAUGUGUUCGAACGUUGGUCUACUAUCCAAAAAACCUCACUUAUGUACCCGAUUUUCUUCGAGCCGAUGAGAAGGUUUUUUUCCCUUUUCAAGGGUCAAACACAAAGAAAGUCCUCAAGAUCAUAGCUAUGCAAAACAGCAGGUGUUAAAUCGCCACAUUUCGAGAUGUUGUGUUUACACAGUAUUUCGGCUUAACACCAAAUGGUGACAUCGGUUGUCAAAGUUAUGAGCAAAUAUACACGGAAUGAAAUCGUCAUACAACCCAAGAAACUGCCAUAAAAGAGGGAAAAUCCAUAUAACUGAUGACUCAUCUCAAAAGACGGAAACAUAUGCCCUGCUAAUGCUAAAAACAGGCCGUGCACUAAAGUGUACACGGGUCACCGUACUUUAACUCAAUUAACAAAGUAGCACGUUUCUUUUUAAACCGAAAAACUGUGUCACCAUGCUCCAAAUGUAAAUAAAUUGUCUUGUGUGUAUCAAGCAGCGCUGAAUACCGGCAUUUUCAUUUUCCUGUGAAACACACUUGUCUUUGACUUUUUCAUUCAAUUGUUUUUACUCAACAGGUCAUAGUGAAGGCCCGGUAAAGUACGGUGACCCGUGAUGGUGACCCGAUAAACAUGUCACCAUCCCUUCACUAUACUUGCGGGAAGAUCAGUUUUGCAAAACAGUGGGGGCAGUUAGGGGUAAUUCGUUGCUCUUCCUCGGGAAUUGGGCUCUGUAGGGCGAAAACCUUCCAACGAACUCUCAUCAUCUGCGAUUCCCUCUCGUCAAGUACUCCGCCGCGUACGAAACUGAGUUCCUCUUUACUAGUACAAAAAAUGGGAGUAUCACGUGUGAACUCGAUGUCCUGAGAAAAGUGCGUUUUCGGAGCAGGAAGAUGUACUUUUUGCCCCUCUAAUAAAAGUAACAGAUCGUGCCACGGUAUGAUUUGAGAGCACCACCGGAAAUCAUUUAAAAAGAUAACUUCCGCAGUUUCCGCACCUAACCAUGCAAAUGUGGUAGUAGCGGGGUUUGUGAAAGUUUUAAACACGGUAUUCAACGGGUUCAGCAGAAAUGUUUUCCCACAAUUAGCCGGUCCUUUCAAAAAUACGUUUCUGUACUUGCCACGGCCCUGCUGUAAAAGAUUUCUCACUGCCUCCGAAAAUUCGUCUCGGCUAAUACCAUUACGCUGCAACACUUGUUCAGCCAUCUCUAGCCAUUUUCCCUGACAACCGUCUACACAUGGGCUCUCUAGCUCGCGGUACACAAUUUCUACCCGUGAUAACUUGCUGCGUGCCAACUCUGACUCUGCAUUUUCCAUCUCCCAACCUAUACUAAGAGCUUCCUCAACUGCUUUGGAACCUCUGUUUGCUAUAAAUUGCGCCAGGUCAGUUUUCCCCUCUCUUUUUUGCUGGCUUGCUAACGCCACUAACUCCAGACGCGUUUUAAUCCGCCUGUCAACUGCAAUUUGCGAUACAUCAAAUAUGGACAAUGAUCUCUUUCGCUUGCCUUUUUUAUUACUAGUAUCUUCAUCACCUUCUCCAAGGCGUCUUUCCCGUAAUGCGCAACUUGCAUUUGUCGUUAUUGGCGCCCCAUCAUUUCGCAGAUCGGGAUGAUUCGUGGACUGUAGUGAUGAACUAUCCUCCUUGGUUGUAUACCUCCAGGCGCUGUAAUAAUUGUCAUGUCUGUCACUAAAGUUGACUUGGACACCGUACUCCUGGUCAAUAUAAUUCCUCACACGCAGCCAUCGUCUUUGACCGCUCAGUUUCACCGCCAUAUGAUAAUGUAGACCGCCAUCUGCAUGACUUUCCUGACUACAUACCCAAUGGAUCACUGUGGCAUUGGACUCGGGAACUGCGUUAUCAAAUGCGUCUAAUAUAAUACGUGCAAAGGCCUCUCGUGUAGGGACAAUCUCUAAGUUGGCCUGACUAUAGGUUAUGAGGUACACUCGUCUCACAUCUCGCGAACUUAAACUUUCAGUGUUUGCGCUGUCCACUUCACUCACAUCAGAAACGCAGUUUGUUUCACACACGCCAGCACUAGAAUCGGCCAUGUUGACACUACAUGAUCACUUGAACAAUCUGUAUGUUAUAAUUCGAUCUAUUUGUUUACAAAUUCAGGAACUUGCGGGUAUGUGCCAGUCAUGAAAAAUUGUGAAGACAUGAGUUCGGCAUACCUCAAACACUUCCUACAUUACAAAUAUUUCCCCCAGAAAAUCUCAAAAUAUGCCUUAUAAUACAAUAAAGACACUUUAUUUCAUGCUCUGAUUUUAUUCCACCGUGAAAUGUCUUUUUUCGACUUCGCGAAACAGUGCUAGACAUAUGUAUACAUCCCUCAUGAUUUCCCGCCAGUAGACCCUUUGAGUAGUCACAUUCCCAAAAUUCCUCUAAAACACAGUCUCAGUCAAAAUUGUUGGGACGUUGUUGUGUGUUCUCCUCCCUUCAAUGUUGGUGUACACGAUUUGCCGACUGAAUGGCAAUAAACAACAUUGGGAGGGAAAAGGAAAGCACGGGAAGGGAAAAAAGGCUUUUGCGUUAACUGUCCCAACUAUUUUUGUCUGAGACUGUAGCUAGACAAUGUGAGAUUGAACAUUGGUUUCUCUGUGGUGCGGACGGACUAAGUAUUGUUAUGAACAAACAUUUAAAUAUUCUGAUUGACUGCACACAUUUAAUUAGACAUAUUAAAUUCUGCAAGCAGAAUACUGCAAUGCUGAUCGUACUACGUGAAAAUUAAGUACGCAAGAUAUCAACACGACACCAAAAGAACUCAAAACAGAGCGGGAUUGUAGCCAUAGACAGCUGUUUCGCCCUUUUUGGGGCCCGUCAGUGUGGCGCAACAACCAGAGAAAGCUCUGAUGAAAAUAACCGCGCACUCUGAUUUAAGCCCUGACCUAGAACUCUCAACAUCCACAGAAUCACGCAAUACCAAGCGUCUUCUGGGGGACAAGAGUCCAAGUGCAAAGUUGAUGUCUCGCAGACAAAACAAAGGAUUGGUCAAAACCAACCUCUAGAACAUGGACAGAACCAUGCAAGAAUUACAGAAUAUCGGAUCUAUAAAAGAUCUACGGCCCCAAGAUACACUUUGUGCUUAACUUUUGUACACAUUUAAUUGUAUUUAUACUGCAAGCAAGUAGUCUUUUCUUUUCUUAUUGCAAAAAAAGGUAAUUCAGGUGGAUCAAAAGGUGUUCUAUUGUUUUUGUUUCACAUGUUUACAUUUUUAGUAUAUUAUUUUAGUCUAAAUGAGUUUUUCUGUAGCCCUUUUUCGUUGUCAUGCUUUUUUUACGAUGUUUUGUUGCUGGUUUCCUGUAGAUCCACCCAACAUAACCUAUAUGUCUGGAAACCAGACUGUAAAUCAGACUUAUUUUGUGACUCUUAACUGUUCAGCUGAUGGUAACCCAGCACCACGCAUCACAUGGACAAGAGUAUCUGAUAACAGUGCUGUCACCUUUCCACUCACCAUCACUGGCAAAGGAAAUGAAGGAGCAUACACAUGUACUGCUGAUAAUGGUGUAAAGGAUUCAUUCAGCAAGGACACCUUUAUAAUUCUUCAAAGUAAGUAA